AUGGCCGUCAAUCCGGACGAAGAUACGGAAUUCAACGAUGCCCUCCGCAAGUACGGCAUCAUCCCUCCUAAAGAAACCACUCCCCCUACCCCUUCACCUCCAAGCUCUCCAAAGCUACAACAUGUACUCGAUGACCUCACUGUAGAAGAGCUAAAAGAACUGGGCGAAGAGAUCACUGACGACGACAUAGACCGCGAUAUCGAUUUAUAUCGGAGGCAGCGAUUAGCUCGAGAACAACUGCAGCAGAAACGCGCCCGCUUUGGGAGAGUUUAUCCAAUUGGACGCGAUGAUUAUACCAGGGAGGUUACUGAGGCUAGUAAGAUCGAUGAAGAGGGUGAUGAAGAAGAGAAAGGCACCGGCGUGAUCUGCUUCUUAUACAAAGAUGGAAUUCCUCAUAGUGACAGAACUUCUGGACAUAUACAAACUCUAGCAAGUCGAUAUCCGCACUCAAAGUUCGUGUCAAUCGUGGGCAACAAAUGCAUUGCAGACCUCCCAGAUUCUCGAAUUCCCAUGUUGAUCAUAUACCGCAAGGGGGAAAUACGGAAUCAACUUAUUGCGUGGGGCGCUGAUCGUGAAAGACAGCUUGAAGAACUCGAGGCCCUUCUGAUUUUGUGUGGCGCCCUAGAUCUUCCCCGCGGGCCACUCGGUGAACGACGAGCGCCCGAUGGUGACGACUCAGAGGAAGAGGACGAUGAUACGUCUUCUCGCAUGCGGUCUGCUACCACAAGUACGAACAUUCGGGUACCCAAAAAUAUACGGGUGCAAAGCAAGAAAGACGACUCAGACUCGGAAUUUGAAUUUGACAUGUAG